AUGUCUCAACAGGAGCGGAGCUACACCAUUUUGGGUUCAUUGCGUCUUCCUCAUCCAUCCGAUAGCAAUCUUACCAAAGAGCACAAGAAUUUGGCCCUUUCGCUUCAGAAAGAUCUCCAGAUGCUCCAAAAUCGCGAUUUAAGAGAGCUCAACAGACCAUUACAAUCCUUGAAUACCGCAUAUGAUCGAUUCAAACUCAAGGAGCUUGACAGCUGGAGAUCAGUAGGCCAGAGACCUAGACCUCAAGAGACACUAGUUAGACCGUCUGGAUUAUUGGACGCCCCUCUAGCGCACCACCUUCAUCAACCAUCCCUUCGCACGUUAUCCCCGCUGGAUGACAGUGAAACAGCGGACCCAACUAACGGCUGUAUUGCCAUGGUAAUGGGCAAUCUUUACACCUCAGAGACCCUAGUAUUUGAUCAUCUCCAUCGUCGUUCUGAGAGUUCCGAGGGUCUUAGGACUCUCCCAGAACCUGUUCUGAAUUGUCAUGAGACGUACACGAGGGACAUCUGUGAGUCAAUGCUAGCAAAGGUGGAGUUUCUGCAUGGCCGCAAAGUUCAUAACAGAAUCUUGAAAAUGCCGGGCAAUGCCAACAAAUUCACUGCUCUCCCACUCUGGGGUCCUUUCGAUGGUGUCACUCUAUUUCUGGCACAUGAGUCAAACUACCGCAACGCCGACUUAGGACACAAAUUUCGAAGAAUCUGCCUGUUCGUGUUACAUCCACAGGUAUUCUUCUACGAGCGAAAGGGAUCUGGAAUAGGUGAAUUACAGGAUCGAAUUCAUAUCGCAGCUGCGAGAAUGACCGAUAUGCCCGUCCGAGAGUUCUAUUUUCGUGAAAAACAAUGGAAAAAACUGUCCAUUAACACAUUUCGCGCCAUGGUGACCAAGGAAUUGGCCUCUUUUCUGAAACAGCACUCCGAAUCUGGGGUCGAUGCCGUACAGGUGGUCAAAACCAAACACAAAGCCGAAGGAAUAGACCAUCGAGUCAGUGAAGCGUCGCAAGGCUCCGUGUAUCCAAGCAAACCCUCAAAGCGCAAGAGGUCAACAGGGGAAGACUUCUCAGAUUCGGCAGUAUCUCAGAAGGCUCGGAGUAUUGCUACACUGGCAAAAGGGAAGAAGAAAACAGCUGUACCUAGGAAGAAUCCUCGGCAAGGAAGGAACAGAACUGCAAGGGCUCGAGCAAUUCAACGAUUUCAGGAUCUGAUAUCGGUGGCCAAUCCUGCUGUUGAGCUGCCAUUUACUCUAAAUUCAACAUCCGUGCUUGAAGAGGCUGGCCGUGAGGGGCUUUCGAUUAAUAGUGAUAUGAUCCUGUCCAGUUCAGCCCCAAAAGACAACGCUGUGACAGAGUCAAAGGAAGGACAAUGGAUGGCCCAGAGAGGAGGGAACAGCAAUCUUAUCCAAAUAAAAGCGAAGGAACUUCUAACAGAUGAUAUCCCGCGGACAGGAUCGAAUUUGAAGGCUCCAACAAAGACUGUCAAGGCGAAAACUAUUGACUCUGAAACGGAGACUAAAACUUCCAGUCUCCUCGAUCUCAGACCUCAUGACAAGCACGAGCCAAUAACUUCUCCAGUGUCCUCGAAGGAAGUUGCCGUCGAUGAGCGUACGGCUCAAGGAGAUUUCCUACUUCAUCCGUCUCAAUUAAGACCACAAGCCGAGGAAGAAUAUUCCAUUCGAGACCUCAAUUUUGUCAACGUUGACGACAUGGAUUGUAAGACAAGACACGACAGGCUCAGAACCCUGAAUUUGAUCGUCUCUCGAGGGGACCGAUUGACUGAAAUUGAGGAGUCGCAGUUGGCUGAACUGAAGGCCAAGGGGACGCGGGUCCAUGGGCGAGAUCUGUCGAAAAUGGGCGUUGCAAGCAUGGAUAAUGUGACAAGGAAGACCCGGCGCUGUGUGCUACGAAAGAAGAUCGAUCGACAUGACGUUCUGAACGAGGCAGAAAUGAAGCAAUUGACUGAUUUUGGAAUGCUACUCAGCUAA